AUGCCAGACGUUUCCAAACACGCGGUGGUCCUUCAGGGCCUCAUGAGCGGCACCUACCGCACCCUUGGACUGAGCAUCGGCUCGCAUAAUGUCACUCCAGGGUUAAAGAUCCCCAAGAGAGACACUCAAUCCACUCCGACUCUGUCUGCACCCGCUGGUCUGGGCGAUGGCUUGUACACGGUCAUCUCCCUCGACCUGGAUGCGCCCUUUACCUCAUGGAAUGUUCUCAGCCCGGCCGUGCACUGGAUUCAACUUGGCUUCAAAGUCGACCAGCGGAAUCAAGAGCUCAAAACCGACGAGCUCCCCAUUGUGCCUUGGGUGGCCGCCAACCCGCCCCCGCGUGCCGCACCGCAUCGUUAUGUGUUCUUCCUCUACAAUCAGAAGCCUGCUGCAACCGUUUCGCCGACUCUAAAGGAGAGACCUCUUGGAGUUCUUCAGCGGAUGAGGUUUGAUCUCGAUGCGAUGGCCAUACAGCUGGGCUUGGGGGAGAUUGUAGCGGCGAAUUACUUUGUUUCAAACUAA